AUGGAUCGCUACACGCCCGAGCUCUCGAUGCUUCGCCUGAAGCGACGCCGAGACGACGACGUCCUGUCCAGCAGUCGCCUUCCGCGAGCGAAGAAGGUCGCGUAUACUCCAACAGGUAUUUUCGACUUUAUGCGUCUUUCAGCAGAGCUCCGCAAUCAAAUCUAUGAGUACGCUGUCGCAGAAGUACCCUCUCAGCUACUCACACCAGUCCAUGGACCUCGUGAUCGCGGCGCCGCAGGCAUCGCGUUGACACAAGUCUCCCGCCAAGUACGUUCCGAGUACCGACCAAUGUGGCUUGAACGCGCCAAGUUCGUCAUCGAUUGGCACUCUGUCCACGCAUUCCUCGAGAGCUUCUACCCGAACGAAGAAGAGUAUGGAAGCGGUCCCAAGAAGCUCAUCAUUCAGUACGAGACGGCUUUCGACUGCACGCUCGACCGACCAACGGAGAUCAUCCAUCUAGUGCGAUUGGGCUUGGCCUUCAAGGGAUUGGAAGUACGCAUUAUCCAUUUGGAGGAUUGUGCUCCCGCCGGAGUCUCCAUCACCAAGCUGGUACAGUAUGGUGGUUGUACACGUCUCGGAACUGAAGACACUGCGCUAGUCAAGGAAGCGAAGCGGAAGUGGCGCGUUGCUGUACAGGAGUACGAGGUGAAGAGUGUAGCCAUCACUAUGCAAUAUCCGGAAGAAGCCGUGGAUGUUAAUGUCAAGUUGAGCGAGCAGCUCGCCUCAACGACGGGUACUACCGGUCUUGACGGCCUAUGGGACGAGAUAAUGGUAUGA